GUUGAAUUUGACUCAUACUGAAAGUGAAAGUAAAAAGAGCAUAGUCUAGUAGCUGCAGCUGCCGUGUCAUUACCAUUCAUGUAGAACUCACGGGUUGACAGAGGAGCUUGUGGUAAAAAGACAUGGCCUCCUGUGUUCUCCUCUUUUUGAUCUUUUGCUUCUCUUGCUAUUAUGGACAUGCAUCAUCCUUCAUCAUGGUGGUAUGUGAGAAAACAAUCACUGGUCAGGUCGGCCAUCAGUCUGUGCUGACCUGUAAGGUUGAAACCACACAAGACAUACCCGAUUUAACGAUCCUUAUGGUUGUCUGGAAAAAGAAAGGCGAUGAUCAGUUCUUAUCAGUUCUUGAUAAGAGAGCUGGCAAAGAAAAUAAAUUCCAGCCCGGCUAUGAGGUUGCCUUGAACAACAGGACCGUAUCUUUGGUCAUCACCGACACUAAAGUGAAAGACGAGGGAGAAUAUACAUGCCAGGUGGUGACAGACAGUGGUAACAGCAUGAAGCCAACAUCUGUAAACCUCAAAGUGACAGCCAAAUAUCAUCCCCCAACUGCAAACAGCAGUGAUGAGAAAGAGAUUCCAAAUGCUCACAAGACUCUGACUUGUAAGGCUACUGGUGGCUACCCAAAAGGUGAACUGCGCUGGUUUGAUGAAAACAAAACGGAGUGGACGAAAAGCGCAACGCCAGAAGAGAACCAGAUGGAGGACGGUCUUUUUGAACUCUCCAGCAAGCUGCCUCUGAUGAGAGGAUCCACCUUCUCCGAGUACAAAUGUGUGGUCUACAAUGCCAGCGGCGACAGAGUGGACUCAGUGGCAGUAAGCUCACAAUUGACAGAACCGGAACCACCAAAGUCACAUUCGACAAUAAUUGCUCCAGUCGUGGUCAUCGGGUCGCUGAUUGUGGGGUUGCUGUUGCUGCUACUGUUUAUCUGCAGAAGACGUUCCCAAAAAAAAAACCGGAGGCCCUCAACCGUUCCUCUUAUGGGGGCACAUGCCAUGGUUCCCCAUUCAGAUCCAGAAAUCGAUCCACCUCCUCCUUACUGUGAGGACAUCGAAGCCAUCAAGGCCUAAGGAGACCCAACAAGCUGCAUUCACUUUCUACCAAGCUCUAAAAUUAGCAUUUUCUUCUUUGCUAACCGCCACAUUCAUGACAUAACUUUCUUACAAUGUAAAACUCUGCAUAGUCAGGGAUAACUUGCACUGUGAUUCACUAGUAAAUUCCCAAUUAAUCUGAAUGCAGAAGAAAUAUUGUUAAAGAGAGAUUAAAUCAAGUCUGAAAACAAGAUGGGCCAGUUGGAGCAGAGAAGAAGCUGAAAGGAAGAGGGUACAAAUUUAGGUCCAGACAUGUUAAAACAACAUAAAAUGGGACGCUGGAUUAUAGUUAUUACAGGAGGACUUGGUCCAACCAGAGAAGUGGCGGAUGUUCACGGAAAUAUGAGAAGGCAGAUACGUCUGAGUUUGGCCCACACUCUAUAGCCUUUGGCAGCUCAGCAGAAGUUUCUUUGUUUUCUGUCAACAUUUUUGUGAUGUUAUGUAAGAGGAAAGCACUGAAUCAGGUUAUGUGUAUUUUACAGUGACAGUGCUCUUAGACAUUUUGCAUGUGUUUGAGAGUCUGUGCUUUUAGAUGAGAAGUCCUUUCAAUUUUGUAAUAUUUUUUACAAGCUUUGGCAAUUUUGUUUCUCCUAAAAAUGGAACCCACUGAAACAAGUUUUUAGUUUUUAAGAAUGCAUCUCUAUAACCAACUGUGCAGCAAAGUCUUCUCCUACAUGAGGUAAUACGUCAUUCAGAAAGAUGAGCCGAGUACUAUUAGACAAAAACUAGGAUUGUAACCUGCAAAUCAGAAAUUGUUUUUCUUCUGUGAAAUUUAUUUUGUCUGCAGCUGCUGCUUCAUGUGAACUAUAAAACUGUGCCAACACUGUUUAGUGUUCCUUGAAAAAAUUUGUGUACCAAUUCUUUGAAAAUGACUGAUGUGCUUGUUAAGGUUUUAUGGAGUGAAUCACUAUUGAAUCAAAGAAAAGUUCAUGUCAGUCUUUGGUGAAAGCUUGGCUUUUGUUUGUGUGAAUUGUGCUUAGGACCAGAUUUCAUUUCCUUUUUCUUUCUCCCGAAAAGACAUCAGAUGAUGGCCCAUUAUCUUUAUAGAAAAAAAUCCUCUUCCCCCCUAAAGCCAAAAGGAUUGUCUUUUGUAUAGAGUAAUGUGAAACUGCACUUAUGUAACCUUAAAUCAAUUUGAUAUCUUUUCUCCAUUGUUGGUUUGGUUCCAAUCUUUGUACUACAUUCUUUAAAGAGGAGACACAACCGGUGUUGAGUUAUUGUACAGAUGUUUUUACAGUAAUAGGGAGGAUGCAGCAGGUUCACAGUGUUGUGUUCUAGUUAUGAACACAGCCCUCUGACAUACUUUUGUUCACCUCUUCAAGUUUAUCAGUAAUCUUGUACACUAAUGAUUAACAGUUUCUAAAGAAAACAACCAAAAAAAUCAAGGUUUCAGUUGUUUUCUUGGCUAAUAAAUCAUGUGGACUGAUUUUUUAUGGUAUGUUUUCAUAACUUUAUCUUGUUUAUACAACAGGUCAGUGACCAUCAAGCUUCAAUCAUUGCUGCAUAACAUGAUUUAAUAUCUACUGUAUUGUUUAUGUUUGAGUGUGAUUAAAAUGAAUUUAAAACUUUUGUUGAUGAAAAAUAUAUAUUUUUUUAUAUUCCAUUUUGAUGGUUUUGGUAGGUUUUAUGCAGUUCUCUUUUGAGCUCUUAUUACCAGGAUGUGCUAAAAAUCCCGUCUAAUUAUUAUGCUGACAAAAGCUGUAUCUUGUGCUUUCACAUGUGACCGGUAAACUUCUUAUUUCUUUAAACAUGUUUUGGUCUGUUUGUGCUAUUUUUGAUUAAAGUAUGUUUCUGGAUUUUCCCAAUGCUCUCCAAAUACUCUGAUAAUUUGGCAUCUAUCGUAUCCUGUAAUCAGAAUGACCCUUUUGGUUUCUUUUCUUUCCUUACUUUCUCUUUCAUGGAAAUGGUCUCCUUGUAAUUACCGGGCCUCAUGCCUGUACAGCUUUCACUGUUUAUGUGUAAUGUCUGUUGUGUAAAUGAUUAAUAAAUUUUGAUGUUUGAAAAACUAAAA